AUGAAGUUGGCUCGCCAUGGGGUGGUCGGUUUCUUCCCUGCCAGCAGCGACGGUGGUGGCGUGAAGCUUUCGUUCCUCCUCCUGUCUGUUGCCUUCAUGCUCGGCUCCGUCGCGGGCCUAUCAAGCAUCAUGGUCACUGGCGUUGUGAGGUUUGUCUUCCUGCUUUUUUGCGAAAGGGCGGGACUCCUCUUCCUCUGCGGCUUCGUCUUCGGCGCGUUUCGGCGUGGGCCUCAUGGCUUCUUCGACUCCGGCGAUGGCGACGGCAUGAGGAUUUACUUCCGGUCGCUGGUCUCGGUGCUGGCGGCGGCGGAUUGCUUUUCCUGUUCCUUCCUCUACGAGUUGAUAGCCGAUUUUUGUUCAUCAUCAAUGAUGCGUUCUGGAGAUGCUUCCGAGCGCUGGCUCAUGCGGCUGAUCCAAGGUUUGGAAUCACUCUCGGAGAAGGAAGGUGGAGCCUGCCUAGGUCCAGCGGCGCUCGCUCGUCGCCGGCAGCCAGGACCUUCGAGCGAGCGAGCACUAUCCCUUCCCCCGCGCAGUCCCCGCCGCUAUGCCCAGCCCUAUUUCUUGCCGCGGCCGCCGCGCAGCCAUGGCAAAAGGCAGACCCUGCCAUCCGCGUGCCAGGAGCCCAGGACACGGAGGCGGCGUACUACUCAUGAGCAGCGGCGGCACGAUCCCGUUCUCCGCCGCGGGCGCCGACGACGACGUCGAGUGCCGAGCCUGCUACGGCGUCGUGGUGGCCUGCGUGUCGCUGCUCCUCUUCUGCGUCGUCGCGGCCACGGCCGGCGUCCUCAAGGCCGGCGUCGUCGCCGGCACCGCCGUGCUGCUCUUCGGCGUGAUCGGCUGGCUGGUGCCCGCCGGCGCCUCGACGCGGCGGCGGCCGGGUGCGCCUGCCAGCUCGUCGACGGCGCGGCGCCGGGCGACGUGCCGCCGGCGUUCGCGUACGAGUGCAGCGCCGCCGACGCCGAGGGCGGCGCGCUGUGCGCGGUGUGCCUGGAGGACGCGCGGCGCGGCGAGGCGGUGCGGCGGCUGCCUGCGUGCGGGCACCUGUUCCACAGGGACUGCGUCGACAUGUGGCUGCACGCGCACACGACGUGCCCGCUCUGCCGGCGCGACCUCGUGCCGCGGACAUGCGCCGCAAAGGCCGUGACGGCAGUCGUCGCGUGAUGUGUUGCCGCCGGUUUAGUUUUUCCUUCGCCGGAUUUAAAGAGUGGUUUUCCAACAGAAAACAUUGCCCCUGCACAUUAUAUUAUUGCGGGCCACAUUGUCUGUCUCAUGUGAUUGAUUUGUAUACUUUUAGUUUUAUGUGGGUACAUUAUUAAGAUAGAUAAAGGUUCAUUUACAGACGACAAUACUCCGAAGAUUU